UUAUUCUCCGUGGCUCCAAAACGGACGAAUCCAACGCGCUACAUAGGCGCGUGAGUAAUCGUUGCUCAACGCGCUUUAGAGAAAUUUGCCCUAAUCGCCUGCGAACUCUCUAUACUUCUCUCUCUAUAUUUCUGCAACACCGAUCCUCUAUUUUAAUUCGAAUUCGAUUAUUUACGGUCGCUUGAUUUGUCACCAAUAUCUCUUGUUGAUCGUCAGAUUUCACAAUCUAGGUUAGGAUGGAACCUAUGGAUAUCGUUGGGAAGUCGAAAGAGGAUGCUUCGCUUCCAAAAGCAACUAUGACUAAGAUCAUAAAGGAGAUGUUGCCUCCAGAUGUUCGUGUUGCAAGAGAUGCUCAAGAUCUUUUAAUCGAGUGUUGUGUAGAGUUUAUAAACCUUAUUUCGUCAGAGUCCAAUGAAGUUUGUGGCAGACAAGAGAAGAGAACAAUUGCACCAGAGCAUGUACUCAAGGCUCUUGAGGUUCUUGGUUUUGGGGAAUACAUUGAAGAGGUCUAUGCUGCAUACGAACAACACAGGCUUGAAACAAUGGACUCCAUAAAAGGUGGGAAGUGGAGCAAUGUUGCCGAAAUGACUGAGGAAGAAGCAUUGGCCGAGCAGCAGAGGAUGUUUGCAGAGGCAAGAGCAAGAAUGAACGGUGUGGCAACAAUCCCAAAACAAUCGGACCCUGAGCCACGAAUGGAUGACCAGCUUUAGGACCCUUUUGUUCUCUUGAACCAUAGGCAAGAAUCAUCGACUUCCAUCUGUGUUUCUUCAGGAUCUGCGCUUGUUCCGUCUUAUUUAUGUACAUAAGCCCUUGCUAGAUACAUGGCGGCAUCUCUAGGUUCGAAUUAAAUGUGCUCUAUGAAUAUCUAUUUAUAUUUAUUGUGUAACUAGUUUGUUCCAUUUGCCUCCAUUUCAGUACAAUGUUGCUUGCUUGUAUAAAAAAUCUAGGAAGAUGUUAUUUCCAGUUCAAAAGGGUGCAUGCAUCGCUGUUACCGGCCCUCCCUAUAAUUUUCAAUCGGAACUUUGCAGAGUAGGCAGUUGGUAGAAUUGCUGAAUAUGUUAUUUAAUUACUACUAAUAAUGGUUUCCAAGCUUGAACAAUGUUUAAUCCGAAUAGACUACAAUGUUUUAAUUAUGAUUUGCAAAUUUUGGUUCCAUUA